UAACAUUUCACACAUUCAUACUCGUUUAACAUUCCUCAAUCUCUCUGUCUAUAUAUCUUUCGAUCUAUACACAUGAUACAUAUGGUAUAAAAUAAUAUAAUAUUUAUAUUUAAAAAGUAAUAUGCAUACAUAUCUCUGUCUCUAAAUUUACCCGCCAACGAAAACCAGGAAAAAGAUGAAGAGCAACAGAAACAGUGGAGGCAAAGUAUCACCAAAAUGGAUCAUCAUUUUCAGUAUCUUUAGUUUUGUAUUAGGCAUGCUGUUUACGAACAGGGUGUGGGCUCCACUUGAAUCUGAUGGGAGAAUUAUGAGAAGGAAGGAACAAGAAUUGAAAUUUGUUAAUAAUGAUUGUUUAACAAAUAAGGAUAAUGAUUUGCUUGGAGAAGUUCAUAAAACACAAGAAGCAAUUCAGUCUAUCAGGAAACUUGGAAGCUCAAUUUCAGAGCUGCGGUUGGAGCUCCCAGGCAAUCAAAGCUCACCUGAGGCAGCAAAGCAUGAGGAAUUGCAUUCUAACAAGACAAAUGGAGACAAGAGUGAAACAAGGAAAAAGGUGUUUAUGGUUAUUGGUAUUAACACUGCUUUUAGUAGCAGAAAGAGACGUGAUUCGAUUAGAGAAACGUGGAUGCCUAGGGGUGAAAAGCUACUUCAGCUUGAGAAGGAAAAGGGUAUUGUUGUCCGUUUCAUGAUCGGACACAGUGCAACAUCUAAGAGCAUUCUAGAUCGAGCCAUUGACUCUGAGGAAGCUCAACAUAAAGAUUUCUUUAGACUUGAACAUGUUGAAGGGUAUCACGAAUUGACAGCCAAGACACGUAUAUUCUUUUCUACAGCAUAUGCCAAAUGGGAUGCAAAAUUUUAUAUCAAGAUCGAUGAUGAUGUUCAUGUCAAUCUUGGCAUGUUAGCUACAACUCUGGGACGGCAUCAAUCAAAACCCAGGGUUUAUGCAGGAUGCAUGAAAUCUGGGCCCGUUCUUUCCCAUAAAAAUGUCAAAUACCAUGAACCUGAAUACUGGAAGUUUGGAGAGGAAGGAAAUAAGUAUUUUCGGCAUGCAACUGGACAGAUAUAUGCUAUCUCGAAUGAACUAGCUGCAUACAUCUCCACCAACCAGAAAAUUUUGCACAAGUAUGCAAACGAAGAUGUGUCUCUUGGCUCUUGGUUUAUCGGUCUAGAUGUUGAACAUAUCGAUGAUCACAACAUGUGUUGUGGGACCCCUCCUGAUUGUGAGUGGAAGGCAGAGGCUGGUAACGUGUGCGUUGCAUCAUUCGAUUGGAGUUGCAGUGGCAUUUGUAAGUCAGUGGAAAGGAUCAAAGAGGUUCACAGGAGAUGUGGUGAAGAUCCUGCGGCUCUUUGGAGUGCACAAUAUUAAAGCUCAACAACCUAAGUUAUGUCAGAAAAUGAUGAGCUCAUAUGAUGAUGAGAUUGCUUCUUCUGCGGCAGUUAUUUUCCGGGCGGCAGUUAUUUUCCGGGUCAAAAUGUGAAAAUUAUAUAAGUUUAAGAUAACUGUUACUGGAAAGAAAUUCAAAAUUUUGGGGGAUAUGUUGAGUAGAUUAGUGUUCCUAAGACAAAUCUGUUAGUUGUGUCUAUAUUGUUACAUAUAUAUAUAUAUAUUAUACAAGUAAAGACAGCAACAUUUUUCAUGA